AUGGCUUCAGUCAAGUCUCUUGGCCUGCAACAACCCAUUGGACUGCGACAUGCGAUUGAGGAGGGAAUCUUGCCCCCGAAUCCGCCCACGAGCUCUUACACUUGGGAGGUCAUAGUCAGCAAGGAGGACGGCCGCGAGUACGAAGACGAGCUUCUUACCACCCGCGACUGCGUGAUUUGGUCGCGAGGGGGCAUAUUCAGAAAGAGCUUCAAGUUCGACCCGGAGAGGGAAUCCGUCACGCAAGCGCUCCUGGCUUACUUCCCAUUCUCCGCCGAUGGUCCGGACGUCGGUUCGCCCGCUGAGGGGCGCCCUAAGAGCACUUCUGACAGGGCUGCGCUGUCCAGAGCGCUGGUCGUCUUCCUCAAGUCACAAGCGCACAUAUACUUCCUUUCGGGAACCAGCCAUGUAGUCCACAUGCCAUUUGAGGUCGAGUCGGCCUGUGCAGGCCCUCGCGGUGUGGUAAUUCAGCGCAAACCGCGAGUUGACGGGGCGUCAGUGUCGCUAAGGUUCCCGAAAGUGCCUCCUGCCUCGUUCAUCUCCCAACCGCCCCAGCGGAAUCACGAUCGGAGCGUCACCGAAUUCUCCACCGAAGGGCUGGGUAACUUGAAAGUGCUGCCGUUACGCCAGAGCCUGACCUUGCAGAAUAUGUGGCAGCAUCCCAUCGAGGCAAAUGACAGCCACUGGCCCCGUCUGGUUUGUCUGACGGAUCCGCUGCUUGAGCUUGGAUUGGUAGUGACCGAGGCCGAAAGGCCAAGAACCGGGAAAGGCCGGAAAGCCUCCACUGGACCCUGCUUUCUCAAUCCUUCUGAAGAGAUACUGCACAUCGAGGCCGUCAAGGUACCACGUUCUGGAGGAGCAGGAUCAAGCGAGCUCACCAUCGCAGUCACAGUCAACCGCGAAGCAAACACAUACACCAUCUGGCGGCUUGGCUACCUCCAAAAUGAAGAUCCGUUCUUGGGAGCACAGAAAAAGAGAAAGCCUAAGCCAUCCCGGAGGCGGAGUUCCAUGGCACCAGGCCUGGCAAGCGGCGCGGCGACGCCCGUUCAUCCAUCGGUAAGAGAGAGCUUUGGAGCACCUCUUCCGGUUAAGAAGACAAGAAAAGGCGCCAAGGCGGAGGAUAAAGACAAGGCGCUCGAAAAGGCACUGAGCUCCCUGGAUCCGGAGAAGGGCAAUGAUGCCACCCGCAGACAGUCGCGACGAGUGAGCUCGCUGCUAGCCCGGGCCGACCUGUCCGCCUCUCAAGACAGAGCGACGUUCGCCGAGCAACCAAUCCAUCCUGGCCAUGGGGGGAGACGGGCUGAGUCUCACGGCAGCCAGCGGCCCCGUUUGAGCAGCGGCUAUGGCGGACCGAGCUUUGGUGGACCUUUCAACUUCAAUCGUAGCGUCAACCACCUGUCCGAGCCACCAGUUGACAACCUACUAGAAGAGCUGCGUGCCGGGGGUGACUUCGAAGGAUUCCAUAACAUGGGCCUCGACGACCAUGACUUUGACGGUCUCGCCCACGAGAUGCUGCUCACAAAAGUCCAGAGCGUUAGCAUGGACACCACCAAUGUUCGAUACUCACUGUCCAGCAAACCCGCCAGAACCCAGGCCAAAGUGUUCAUCCUCGCCGGCCCGCCAACCGCGGCCGAUGACCAGGGCCGACCGCUGCUUUUGGUCGCUAUCCAAGACCCCGUCGAUAAGAGACUACAACUUCUAAGCCUUCACAUUGAACAGACUGAAGGGCGGACGCCGCCCAACAUUAAGUCCAAGAAUUCGUCAAUUCUGGACGACUUCAACAUCAUCCCUAGCGAGCCUAGGAGGGUCCAGAGUGUUGUUGACUCGUGUAAGAUUUCCGAUGGAUACGAAACCAUCAUGAUAAUGUCAGAAGACAGGAGCGGUGACAGGGGACUCAGCUUGCAAUCCCCAUGGGGAAAGGUCACUACAGUAAACCUGCCCGUGCUGUACGUCGAGAGGCCAAGCAGUCUCGAGUAUCCGGGUAGCUACAGAACCGGCACUACAGUUCGGGGACACCCACCUGCUGGCUUUGACUUGACCGGGACUCAGAUAGAGUCACUAUGCCACUCUAGCUCCCGCGGCGUGGUUGAUCUUCGAGACAGAGAAGGGAGAUACCAUCGGGUCAGAAUCCAGCUACAGCCCACGGCACCACAGGUGCGCAAGAUCCUCGACAUCUGUCGAAGUGUCCUCCACGCUUCAUACGCGGAUAGAUUGGUAGCUGGGUGGUGGCAUGUCAUGCAAUGGCUCCAAGAGAUGCAGCUGCGAGGGCUCGAGCAUCCAAUUGCCGACAUGGAAUGGUCGGCCGUGGUGAUUCUGCUCUUAUCAAGCUUCCUGGUUCUCGGGCACAACAGUGAGACCUCUCUGCGGACGCUUGUCACCGAGACCAUAAGGCCGGCCGCGAAGAGUAAGUGGGAGAUGAUGCAACUGCGCGAAGCCCCGAACUCGUCGGCCUGCCCUGCAUGGAUGCGCGGCAAGGCGUGGCAGUGGCUGCUCGACGGUGUCGCUGACGCGUCGAAUACCCGUAAUGAGGAGGGCUGGCCCUCAGGUGCUUUCAUUCCCUUCCACGUCGGCCUCGCGAAGGGGUGGAUGGCUUCCGCAGGCGGGUUGUCGGCGUUUGGCUUCGAAGGAUACCUGCCAACGGCCCUAAGCAGGAUCGGCAAUCCUCGUGAUAUGGCGGCCUGGAGCAUAUUCCUCGCCCUGCACCUCCUCAUCGAGGAACAGAAGCUCGAUGUUAUGUCGUCGGAGGACACGUCGCCGGGACAAAGCGAUCUGAAAGCAAUCCUCUUCCAACUCUCGAAGUGGCUCGGCUGGCAACGGUACGAGACUGUCUAUGCGUUGGGCGCGCAGGCAGAGCCAACUUCAGCACAGGACUUGGUUCCGUUUGUCGUGACCGGGCUGGCCGAGCCUCCGUCUGAUUACUGCGUCUUGAGUUGGAUUCAGGGGCACCUUGCCACCGGCCGCGGCGCCGAGUUUCCUACAUUAUCCGACCUGUAUGCGGCUUCGGCUCGCGAUCCGCUCGGAGGGAGGGUGCGGGAGCAACUCUGGGUUAGCCUCAUGCCUCGCACCGUGAUGUUUGAGAAAUUCUUCGCGCGUCUUGGUUCAUCGAACAACCGCUAUGAAGCAGUGGUGGCCAUGCACGAGUGUGGCUUUACCCCUCAGGUCCUUGAGACCCUACCGGAAGCGAUUCUCACGGCCUUGCAAGACGUUAUCUCCAUCUGUCAGCCAAGCCCUCCGCCCUCAUGGCCAGAGGAUCUCCUUGCACUUGUCGGCCGCACGGACAUGAGCGGUCUGCUGCAACCCAGAAAGACCUGGCAAGCGCUCCCUUGCGAGGUCAACGUAAGUAUCAACAGUGUGUCCAUGCGCGAACGCCUGCUAAUAUUCACCGAGGCGCCUUCUCAUGAGGCAAGGUGGGAUUUCCGCAUGCUGUGCCAGCAUCUCGAUGGGUUAAACGAGCAUGUCGAGGAGACGGGGGCUGCAGAGCGCCAAGCCGUUGUUCGCUCGCUGUUCAGAGAGGAUAGGAGACUAAACGAAGCGCAAAGCCUGCUAUCGACCGUGAAGAACCGCGUUGUUCGGCUGGAUUCCAAGCCGGGGUGGACCGAGGCCGAAUACCUAGAGCGACAGAAAGAGCUGGUUACUACGAUUGCGACCAGCACCCUGGCUAUCCCCGCGGGCCGUGGCCUUCUGUACUUCGGCCUCCGCUACCCGCUACUGACCCAGAAGUUCCAGAUUCCAGGGUUCAAUCUUACGUGCCUCGUCAGGCCAAUUAACAACACGGUGAGCGUGGACAAGAGCCUGUUCCCCGAGGAGAAGAUCAACUGGGCAUUCUUCCACCAAGGCGUCGCCGGUGGCCUUGCAAUAUCGCCGCAGGCCAAGGGCAUCGACACGUCCUGGAUCUUGUACAACAAGCCGGGGCAGGACCUCAGCAACCGCCACGCCGGCUUCCUGCUUGCCCUUGGGCUGAACGGCCACCUCAAGUCGGUCGCGAAAUGGGUGGCCUUCAAGUACCUGACGCCCAAGCAUACCAUGACCACCAUCGGCCUGCUACUUGGCCUAGCAGCGUCAUAUCUCGGCACCAUGGACGCCCUCAUGACCCGCCUCCUUUCUGUCCACGUUACCCGUAUGUUGCCUCGAGGCGCUGCCGACCUGAACCUCUCCACAGCCACCCAGAGCACCGGUGUCAUGGGCAUUGGGUUGCUUUACUACAACAGCCAACACCGGCGUAUGAGCGAGAUCAUGCUAUCGGAAAUUGAGCAUGUUGGCGAGGGCGAGGAAGGAGAAGAGUGCAUCCGCGACGAAAGCUACCGUCUCGCGGCCGGCUUUGCCCUGGGCUUUAUCAACCUCGGCACAGGAGGCGACCUGAGGGGCUUGCGGGAUAUGCACCUGACGGAAAAGCUGCUCACCAUGGCCACAGCUACGAAGAGGGUGGAGCUUGUACACGUCCUCGACUGGUCGGCGCCCGGUGCCGUGGUAGCCAUCGCGCUCAUUUACAUGAAGUCGGAGGACCACAUUGUGGCACGCAAAAUCGACGUCCCGGACACGAUCCUGCAGUUUGACUACGUUCGGCCUGACAUUCUGCUCUUGCGCACGGUUGCGAAGAAUCUCAUCCUCUGGAAGGAGGUUGACCCCACGUUUGACUGGAUCCGAGAUGGCCUUCCAGCUGAGUACAGAACACGGCACCAACUCAUCAAAGUGGAUAGGUUGCAGAGCCGGGAUCUCCCUCUCUUCUCGAUCCUUGCUGGGCUGUGCUUCGCGCUCGGCCUACGCUUCGCCGGGUCGGCCAACGUCAGGGUUCGGGACUUGCUCAUCCAUUAUCUCGACCAGUUUAUGCGCAUCGUCCGCAUUCCUGUCAGCAACUUCGACAGCGAGUUGGCUCGAAACAAUGCGCGCAUGUGCAUGGACUUAGUAGCUCUCUCCUGCGCAACGGUGAUGGCAGGGACUGGGGAUAUCCCCGUGCUCCGUCGGCUGCGUGCACUCCACGGCAGAGACGACACCAACACCACCUACGGCAGCCAUCUCGCCGCCCACCUUGCCAUCGGCGCGCUGUUCCUCGGCUGUGGCACCGCGACCUUUGGCACGAGCAACCUCGCUGUUGCCGCUCUCCUCGUCGCCUUCUACCCCUUAUUCCCAGUUAACGUCCGGGACAACCGCUCGCAUCUGCAAGCCUUCCGCCACUUCUGGGUCUUAGCGACCGAGCCACGCUGCCUCGUCGCCAAGGAUCUCGCCACCGCCCAACCGAUCAAUAUCCCCAUCACCAUCCACCUGCAGCCCGGCUCGCCCUCCGCCGUCGCAGCGGCCUCCCAAACGGCCUCCGCCCCAACCGACCCGGAGGCCAUGACCCUUCGUCGGCAGACCCCCUGCCUCCUGCCUCCGCUGGAUGACGUCGCCCGCGUCGAAACAGACGCCGCAUCCCUCGGCUACUGGGACCUGACCCUCGACUUCGCCCAGGGCCCGCAGCUCAGGGAUGACUUCCGCAAGCACCACCAGACCGUCUACCUCCGCCGCCGGCCCGCGCACGAGAGUACCUUCCCCGCGACGCUGCGCGCCCUUGGGAGCAGCAGCGGUGCCAUAGCUGAGGCUAGCGGCGUGGAUCGGGCCGGGGAGGCGUUGGGGUGGGUAUUCCAUCUCGAUGCGCUGAAGAACCUCACGCGGGCGGAGCGCAGCGUCGUGCUUGACCGGCUCGGUUCGGGCGGCGGCGUGGGCGAGGGGUUAGGGUCGACGACAGCUGUCGAUGCGAGGUUGGCCUUGCGUGCCGGGUUAGAUGUCGGGUCGUGGUCGAGGGAUCGGCUGCUGGGGCUGAGACUGCUUUUUGAGUGGGCCGAGCGGAGGGGGAUGUUUGCCGCCGAUGGUGCUACCAGUGGUUUGAAACAAGGUGAUGCGGAGCAUGAGGCUGCUACGGGGAGUAAAGGGAAGAGCAAAGGUGCGAAGGGUGGUAGGAAAUCUCGCGCGGGAAAGGGUAAGAAAAAGGUCUCUGUUGGCGUUGGCGCGGUGCUGCAUGAUUCUGAGAGGGGGGAGGGGCAGCUGCGAGAGCAGAAGGGCCGGGAUGUGUGGGGUGGACAGCCGCCGUGGUGGUUGACGGAUAGCGCUAUUGAGGAGUUGAAGGGGAGGGCGUGGCUGGUUGGUCGGGAGGGGUGA